GGGACCUUAUCUAGACAGGUGUGUGCCUUUCCAAAUCAUGUCCAAUCAAUUGAAUUUACCACAUGUCCAAUCAAGUUGUAGAAACAUCUUAAGGAUGAUCAAUGCAAACAGGGUGCACCUGAGCUAAAUUUUUUGUCUCAUAGCAAAGGUUCUGAAUACUUAUAUAAAAACGGUAUUUCUGUUUUUUAUUUUUAAUAACUUUGCAAACAUUUCUAAAAACCUCAUUAUGGGGUUUUGUGUGUAGAUUGAGGAUGUAUUUAUUUAUUUAAUACAUUUUAGAAUAAGGCUGUAACAUAACAAAAUGUGGAAAAAGUAAAUGGGUCUGAAUACUUUCGAAAGGCACUGUUCAUAAAGAUGUCCCAACAGCCAAUCUUUCUUUUCAGCACCAUGGAGUGAAUUCUUACUACCGCUACAACUGGCUAUCGGCGGAGCCUUGUCUGGCAGCGAAACGGUUAAUUUAGCCUCAUUUACUCCCUUUAAAAAAAAAAAACAUAGCUGAUAUGGCUGACUUGCUUAACUUCUCUGAUCUACCGAUCCCGGAUACGGUUUGAAUUCGACAACAUACGGUGUUCGCCACAAAUAGUCAUAUUAAAGAUUCCUGAAAAUACAAGUGUCUCACAUUCUUCAAAAGCCUAGAAUCUUGCUAAUCCAACUGCGUUGUCAGAUUUAAAAAAGGAUUUACUGCGAAAGAAUACGAUGCGAUUAUCUGAGCACAGACCCCCAUAUCAAACUACUUGUUCAACCAGCACUUGCGUAACAAAAUUACAGAUUGCAUUGAAAUAAAUCGUUUACCUUUGAAGAUCUUGCUCUGUUUGCAAUCCCAAGGCUCAUUGUUACACAAUGAAUGGUCUUUUGUUCGGUUAAAUCCAUUUUUUAUAGCCUAACACAAAACAUUUUGUGAACGCUUAUCUCGUUGAAUUUUGUGUCAUUCAAUUUUCGACUAAACAUCCUACGUAAAUACACAGACUAUACCUGACUUUAUCCGGUCAUGUUUGGUUUCCUUGCAAUCAACGGUUUGUUUGUAACACAACCAAACCUGAUGGGUCAUUUCGCGGGACGUAUUGACCCGAAAAAAAUGAUUGGAAGAUAACAAGUGAUGAGCUCAUUGUGCACCAAUUAUAUGACCACUGUCUCGUUGAUUGACUGUAUUUUAACCCAAUGACCACUGAUCGUCUUGAAAUCUAGCUGGGUAGAUAGCCAAUGAGCUGAGGUAAGCGGCAAUAUGCAAUGGUUGUGUGUUGGAAGACCAACCCAUGUCGUAAACUCCAGCGUAAAGAGAGUAAUUCGCUAUUGAAGUUUUAUUCCGGAAGGAGCUACGCAUUGUACGCACAGCGUUGUUUUUGGUAAACGCGCAGAUUCAGCUGUUUAUAUAUCAAUCAGUAUAGCGACUAAGUCAGGGAAAGCUAAAUCUAAGUCUAGUUGUACAGAUGUACACACAAUUUUAGAAGAAAUUGAUCGGAAAAGUGAGACAGAGAUUGUUGUAGGACGAUUCAUUUAGCGAUUCCCAAGUGGAGGAAUAUUUUUUUAACUGAGAGGACACCGUUGUAGCCACUAUGUAUAAUCUGUAAAGUGCCUGCAGAAGAGGAACAACGUCACCGUUUUGGACUGGUACGUUCUUCUCAUGCUAAUGCCGUUGUUUGAAAUUAAUAAUUUUAAAUAUAUUUGUGAAAUGAAAUUGCCUAUGAGGCUGUUGAGGGGAGGGCAGGCCCACAACAAUGGCCAAAGUGAAAUGGAGACCGUAGAUACAGCUGGUCUGUUGUAAUAUAAUAGAGACAGUAGAUCUAGCUGAAAUGUCAUAAUAUAAAAGAGACAGUAGAUGUAGCAGGUAUAUAAUAAUAUAUUCAACCUUAUGUUCCAUGUACUCUAUAUAUAUAUCUGUUUAUUAUAACUCAGCAGCACAAUAUUGUGUAGAGCUUUGGCAAAGUGGGUGAUGUUAUAUCCUUCCUGUUUGGCCCUGUCUGGGGGUAUCAUCGGAUGGGGCCACAGUGUCUCCUGACCCCUCCUGUCUCAGCUUCCAGUAUUUAUGCUGCAGUAGUUUAUGUGUCGGGGGGCUGGGGUCAGUUUGUUAUAUCUGGAGUAUUUCUUCUGUCUUAUCCGGUGUCCUGUGUGAAUUUAAGCGUGCUCUCUCUAAUUCUCUCUUUCUCUCUCUCUGAGGACCUGCGCCCUAGGACCAUGCGUCAGGACUACCUGGCAUGAUGACUCCUCGCUGUCCCCAGUCCACCUGGCCUUGCUGCUGUUCCAGUUUCAACUGUUCUGCCUGUAGCUAUGGAACCCUAAACUGUUCAUAUUUACUCUUGAGAUGCUGACAGCUCGAGACGUGCGCUGCAGCUGUGACAUCCGUACCCGACCCUGGACCAGCACGGAGUGCACUGAUUGGUGGGAGCAGGUAGUGAUGACUGAGUUCCAGCCCUCUGAUUGGCUGGAGAAGUUCCGCAUGAGCCGGGAGACCUUCUUCUUCCUGUGUGGCAAGCUGAAACCCCGCCUGGCUCGCCAGGACACCCACUUCCGCCGGGCGCUUCCGCUGGAGAAGCGUGUGGCGGUUGCCCUGUGGCGGCUGGCGUCCAACAUUGAGUACCGCACCAUCAGUGGGCUGUUUGGUGUGGGCAGCUCCACGGUGUGUAAGUGUGUGAGGGACGUUUGUCACGCCAUCGUCGCACUACUCCGGCCCGUCUACCUAUGCUCGCCCAGCGUACAGGAAGUAGAAGACUCUGCACGUCACUUCCUAUCUCGCUGGGGCUUCCCUCACUGCGUGGGCGCCGUGGCAACCCUCCACACUGCCAUCCUCACGCCGUCCGCUAACGUGGCCAACUACGCCAACCCAGAUGGGUGGCUCUCUGUGGUCUCCCAGGUGGCUGUGAACGGGCUGGGUCAGUUCUGGGACGUCUGUGCUGGUUUCCCUGGCAGCACUGAGCCGACAGCCAUCUUGCAGAACUCAGCACUUUGGGCGUCGGCCUCUGAGGGCGUGCUGUCACCUGACCCACCCCCGAGAUUCAUGGGAAAACCCCUGAGAUAUGUGUUGUUGGGGGAGUCAGGGUACCCCCUCCAGCCCUGGCUGAUGAAGGCCUAUUCCAAGAAGAAGGAGGAAGAUGAUGUGGAGGAGGAGGAUGGAGGGCAUGCGGAGGCACGGAGGGCCUUCAACCAGCGAUUUGUGCGGGCGUGGCGUGGGGCGGCAACGGCGCUUCUUCGCCUGCGGGCGCGCUGGCAAUGCCUGAGCAAGAGGAACGACUGCAGCCUGGACGUGGUGCCCACCAUGAUCCUGGCCUGCUGCAUCCUGCAUAACGUGUGUGAGGCCCAUGGAGAUUUGUUCCGGGGGGAAUGGCAUGGCGAGGUGACCAAGGGUGAGAACCCCCAGCCUGGUCACACUGCGGCCCGCGCCCCCUCUCCCUCUGGAAGUUCAGACCACCUCCAGGGUGAGGAGGUCAGAAAAUUGUUCUGUCACUACUUCCAGCAGUCACAACUACAACAACAGGAUUAAUGGAAUGGACAGUGUUGUGAUGGGGAAAGAGGGGGAAAAAAUAUAGAAUUCUCCACAAGAUUCUCACGACUGUAUACAUAGCCCUUGCCAGCAUUCCAGUUACUGUUCCUACAAUCUAUAUCAGCCUGUAUUCAUAAAGCAUCUCAGAAUAGUAGAUAGUGCUGAUCUAAGAUCAGCUUGGCCUUUUUAGAUCAUAGUGAACAAGAUUAUGGACAGGGGGGACCUGAUCCUAGAUCUGCACUCCUAUUCUGAGAUACUUUCUCUCUCUCUCGUGCAACUCCUCUCUGUUCUGUUACUGUUUUUUGGGGUUUUUGUUCUCUCGUAGGUUGUUAGUGUGUCUAAAUAGUUGUGUAGCUCAGUGUUCAUGUGCAUAUGGGGUAUAUAGUCAUGCUUUUUAUUGAUGCACAAUACAAGUUACAUUUUC